AUCAUGACUUUCACUCAGCUUAAGCAAUAUUCUCAGAUUUCAAUAGUCAAAUUCUACUUGUGUAUGCUUUUGUCUCCGAUCCGUUUAUUUAAUUUUUUUGUUCUUUGGAUACCUGGAGCCUGGCUUAAUUGAGUGGCAGGCAGGUGUGCGUGAGUGAGUCACGGGGACGCCGACUGUCACAACACAAAGGUACGAGUUGGAGAGAGAUAUAAGAGAUACGGAAGGAGGGAGAAGACAGAACAUUUAAAACCAUCCUAAGACAAACGAUAGACACUAGACAAAAGACAAUGACAGUAUCAAGUGCUGGAAAAUAAACAGACAUUAAAGGACCUAAAGGAAGACAGAGUGAAAUAAGAAGCAAUUCAAAACACAGCAGGUUCUAAGAAGAGCCCAACGUUACGAAUAUAUAUGCAUACAUGUACUCAGGAUUUCCCGCCAUGAAGUCGUUGGCUGGUUGCUGAUCAGGUGUCCACUACAGUGGCAGGAGUGUGAGGUGUGGCUUGCUGCAGCUAUGGACAAAAUCCUCAAACAAAGGAAGGAAGUCUCUGAUCAUGGCAGUUCUGAAUGUGAUGAGACAGAACCAGAUGGGGACAGCAUGUGGAGCACUACUUCAGUGGGCGCCAGUGAGGCCGGCACUGAUAACUCUUCCCUAGACUCAGCCCUGCGUGAUUUGCCUACAGUGCGUGCCAGUAAAGAAGAUGAUGAUGAAAUCCAGAGACUUAUCUUGGCUGCUGAAGCGUUGGUGGUGGAGCGAGCUAGGCUCAAGAUAUCCAGUCCUUCCUCAUCCACAGCCCUCAGGUGCAGUCCUGCAGCUGGUGGGGCUGAAGCUGCCUCCAACACAAUCUUGGUACACCACACAGAGGCAUUUGCAGGCAAUAAAUGUGGUGCAGCAAAUUCAGGAUAUUUCACUGACACAGAGAAUGGUAGCUAUGCAUUACACACAUCCUCAACACUCUCAGGGGAAAGGUUGAUGAACAUGGACAUCUGUGGUGAAAAAGAUCACCAUUCUGUUCAAUCAAGGGAAACUUUGUCCAGCACUCCCUGUGAUUCAAUGAUUCUCUCCAAAGUGUCUGACUCCUCUCUCAAAGUCUGUGAUCACCUGGUGCCUGAAAACAGCAUGCCAGCAGAGAACCAGACCAACAUUCCCAGACUGUCCUUGGAGCUCACCAGAGCAGGGGUGCCUGAGGAGAGAGUUCCCUUCAACAAGGUGGAGAAGGAAGCCUGCAACUCUAGCAUCCGAGGGUCAUCUGGGGGUGGUAGGGAAGCUCAGAAGGAACAUCAUACUAAAGACUCAGGGAGGAGCCAUUCUCCAGGACCACAUCAAGCAGGCAGAGAAGGUGGACAGGCAGCAUCUGUAAUGGUGCAUGAGGAGGGCAGCUGUCUCCUGAAUCUGGCACUCAGUGCCACCAGCAGCUUAAAGAGACUCACCAGGCUAGUGCGGCAGGUAGGCAUACUGCAGGUGGGGCCAGAAACUCCCAGAUUAGCUGUGAGUGUGCUGGAGGAGUUGGGGCAGCAUGAAGCACAUCAGCAAGGAUUGGAGGCUAAACUUACUGCUGCUGCUACCAAACUUCAGACUGCUGUGGCUCAGGUACGAGGACUAGAGGGUCAGUGGCAGGAGCACCUGCAUCAGACAGAGGCAUCCCACCACAGUGCCUUGGCUCUCCUGGAGCAGCUGGAGGCAGGAUUAGAGUCCUGUGGCCUCAGCCAUAUGCUGGCUGUCACCUCUCCAAGGAGGCGAUGCUCACCACGGGUUCUAGAAGAUGUCGGGUCAGCAGUGGCACUGCUGAUGGGUGAGCUAAGCAGGAGGAUGCAGCGCCUCAAAAGGGCAGAGGAGGAGGCCAGCCAUCUGAGGGGAGAGCUGCAAGGAGUGCGUGAAGUUGUAGCACAGCAGGACUCAAGGACAAGGCUAAGUGAAGCUGAGGCAAGACAGAUAAAGCAACAGAGUCAAGAAGACCUCACCUCCCUCAGGCAGUGUCUAGCCCAGGCAGAAAGCACUCUCACAGAAUCACAGCUGGAGAAUGCAAGGUUAAGUGAAGAGGUAAAGAAACAGGCAAGUGAAAAUAGUGCUGCCCUUGCUGCUGUCCAGAAGAAACUCUAUGAAACACAGCACAUGACAGAGACAAGGGUGAGUGAGUUGGAGAGAGAGUUGCAUGUCAGUAGUAAGGAGAAACAACAUUUAGAAGCCAGUGUGAGGGAACUGAAGGACCAGCUCAUCCUGAGGACACAGCAGGUGCAUUUAGUGGAGGAGGAGAACAGUCAACUGAUUGAUAGCCUAAGGUCAGCAUUAAGGCAGCAGCAGGCAGAGAUGGAGCAGCUGCGUCACAGCCUGGAAUCAGUCAAUACAGAAAAGAGCCAUCUGUCCAAACUCCAUGAUGAGCUGAAGCAGGAGGCAGCAGUCAGAGAUGAAGAGUUGGAGGAGGCAAAAGGAAAGUCUGAACAGCUGAAGAGAAAAGUUUUAGAUCUGGAGGAGGAGCAAAGAAGAACUCAGAAAGACUUGCAGCAUACUGUUGACCGUCUUUCAUCUGAACGGGGUGACCUGGAAGCAAAAGUCAGGGCACAGGACUUCACUAUCCUGCAGCUGCGCACUGAGCUGGAGAUGGAGAAAGUGCAGACAAGGGCACUCACAGAGGAGGCAGCUACCCAAGGGAAGAAGGCCAGGGAUCUUCAAGAGCGCCUCUGGACACAGGCCAAGAAGUGGCGCAACAGCAGUGGUACCAGUAUUGACACCACAGAUCAUCACCAGGAGAAGCAGCUAGGGAUGAGUGUUAGCUCAUUACAUGGGAGCUCCACCAGCCUCACACACUCCUUUGAGAUCCCAGCCAUCUCCUCCCAUAAGGCUGAGAGAGGAGAUGAAGGCAGUCUGGCCAGGGAGGAGCAGCUUCAGUCACUGCUCCAGGAGAAAGAUGUAGAGCUACAAAAUCUUCACCAAAGCCUUUCUGCCCAGAUCAGCAACAAAAAUCAAGAGCUAGAGUUGCUGACCAAUAAGUUGACGGGGUUAGAGGAGCAGCUGUGUACACUAGUGAAGGGCUUAGAGGCGAGUGCAGCCCUUGGAGACAUCACCACUGAGGUUGGGCUGCUGCUACAGGAACGUACACAACACCUUGACUCGUUGCAUCAGUCCUCACGCUGGCUGCAGGAAGAACUGUCCUCCUUGGCUAUGGAGAACCAUACACUGAACAAAGAACUGGUGGUGGCAAGGAAAGUGGAGGAUUCUUUUGAGGAUGCCCAGGAAAAUGUGAGACGAGCAAGACAGGAAGCCAGGGAGGAACGGGUGGCCUCUGCUCGCCUUCGAGAGGAUUGUGCCCGAUUACAGGCACAGCUGGAUCAGAUGCAGCACACACUGCAGCAGGAGAGGCAGGAGAGGAAGAUAAGUGCAGUGGUGAAUGGUGUUAAGCAUAAGGAGUUUGACAGCCUGUUGGAGUGUGCCACUGCUGCCCUCAGCCAGUACCAGACGUAAGACAACACCAAGAGUGCUGCACAGACUAGAGUACAACACAAAAGUGCCACAAAUCAGAGCCGUGUAACUUCUUAUUAACAAAGUCUCUUAGAGACUCUAUAGGUUUUGUACUUGGAAAUACUGUUCACACACACACACACACACACACACACACACACACACACACACACACACACAAAAUGGGCGAGGCUCUUAAUGUGUAGCCCCUGUUCACCUAGUAGCAAGUAAGUAUGGGAUGUAAUCAGAGUGAUUGUGGCCUUGCUGUCCCAGUGUGAGGUGUGUGAGUGGUCUCAGUCCUACCCACAGAUCAGUCACUAUGAGCUCAGAGAUCUUUCUGUAGGGAGAUGGCUGGCUGGGUGACUAGCAGACGACUGAAGGUGAAUGACACACACACACACACACACACACACACACACACACACACACACACACACACACACACACACACAUCUGGAUGAGUUGAUCAAGAAUCUAAUUAUGACCAUGAUUUCCCCAAGAUUGGAAUAUGUAGUGAUUGUGUGGUUGCUAAGUAAGAAGGAUGCAAGAAAACUAGGAUACAGAGUGCAAGAAAAAAAAAAAAAAGAUGGUUCUGAGUGUAAGAAACCUAAUAUGAAGGGAGGUUAAGAUUGAGUCUCUAGUCAUUGGAGUAAAGAAGUAAGAGAAGAGACCUGAGUACAAUGUACAAAGUGAUGAGAGAAACUAAAAUGGAGAAGUCCUGUUAAUGUGGGACGCAAGAGAGACAAGAGUUAAUUGGUUAAACACACACACACACACACACACACACACACACACACACACACACACACACACACACACACACACACACACACACACACACACUGCACCCCUUUGAGCACUUCAUAGAAAUGCUAAGAAACUAACCUCAAACCAGGAUAUAUUGCCCAUGAGUGAGUUGUUGGAGAAUUGAACACCUGACAAAGAGAACAGGACAGUGCCUUAGAUGUUGGAACUAAAACAAUUUUUAGAUCCCAAGAUAAUUUUUGUUGACCUUUGUAGUUCCAGUCAUUACACUGCUUCUUCACUGUUAAGAUCAGUUUCUGGUGCUUCAGCUUCCCCUAUACCAUGGAUGAAUUAGACUUCCAUUUUCUUUAAGGCUGAGCUUCUUGUGAAAGACAUAAUCAUAUAUCACUGCACGAUGUAUAUAUGUAAUACUUAAUGGGGAUGUUUACUGAAAAAUUUAUUUGAAGAUGAGAUAAAAUGUUCAUGAGAGGCUUUUGGUUAGGAUCAGAUUUCCUGACAAGAACUAAAGAUCCUUAAAUUCAGGACCCAAGAUAAUUUUUGGGGGAACUUUAGAGUCUUGGUCAGCAUACACACACACACACACACACACACACACACACACACACACACACACACACACACACACACACACACACACACACACACACACACACACACACACACAUAUCCAGAAAACCUAAGCAACUCAAAGUUAUCAAGAAUACAUGCCAUUUAUGUGUAAAAAUAAAAUUACAAUGUUCUUGAUAAAUAACAAAUUUUCAUACCAUUGUUUUUUCUUUAGUAUUAUGGUCUUACCAUAAUACUAAAGUAUUAUACUUUACUAAUACUUUACUAAUACUUUAGUAUUUUGGUAUUACCCAAGACCAAAGUGUGGCUUUAGUCACCUUUUACUGUUGAACUAUUCUGUCAUUGCAGUAAUGAAGUUAUUUUCUUUAUGUUGAGUGCUGUUAUAUAUUGUAGCAAUAUAAUAUUUUCUGCAUGCGUUUCAUGCUUUAGUCAAAUUAAGCUGUAGAAAUUUUUUUCAUAGCUAUUUAUCAUAACUGGGCUUGUAAGCUAAGAAACCAAAAUGCUCACCACUGGGACAGUGCAUCACAGGAAGUGGUGACAAUGCAGCUCAGAUGAAGCAGGUAUUUUUUGGCAGGUCAUUAUUUGCGUGUAUGUGCUGUACCUCAUGUGAUGCACUAAUGUAGCACGUGCUGCAACACCAUGUUAUGAAAUGUCUACUCAUUACCAAAUUUAGGCUGCAAGGCCUGCCAACCCUACAUCUUGAUAUACCUAUAUGCACAUGAAAGUCUCUCUCUCUCUCUCUCUCUCUCUCUCUCUCUCUCUCUCUCUCUCUCUCUCUCUCUCUCUCUCUCUCUCUCUCUCUCUCUCUCUCUCUCUCUCUCUCUCUCUCUCUCUCUCUCUCUCUCUCUCUCUCUCUGAGUCAUCAUGAUCCCGCCAUUGUCUGCCACCAUCGUAUCUCUCUCUCUCUCUCUGAUAAUAAUAUAUGCUGUCUCUGAGUCAUCUUGGUCCCAAUUUUAUUUGUCACUAUCAUCUUGUUUUUGGUCUCUCUCUCUCUCUCUCUCUCUCUCUCUCUCUCUCUCUCUCUCUCUCUCUCUCUCUCUCUCUCUCUCUCUCUCUCUCUCUCUAGCAAAUUAUAUGUAGAGCCAAAUAUUCCAUUGAUGUGUUUUUCUGGUGAUAGUGUGUCUUGAAUUAUUACUCCCAAGUCUUUUUCUUCUUUGCUCUUUGGUAUUGUGAUUCCUCCCAUCUUAUACUCCCAUGAAGGUCUCCUUUUACUUCUUCCCAUCUCCAUUACAUGGCACUUUUUUAUAUUGAAUUCUAAUUUCCAUCGUUUACUCCAUUCAUAAAUUCUAUCAAUAUCCCUCUGUAGUUCCUCACAAUCAUCUUGGUUCUUUAUUACUUUCAUCAAUUUUGCAUCAUCUGCAAACAUGUUAAUGUAGCUAUUUAAACCCAACGUCAUAUCAUUUAUAUAGACCUGAAACAUUAUAGGUGCCAACACAGACCCUUGUGGUACUCUGCUUGUUACUUCGCACCAACUUGAUUUAUUAUCUCUGAUUACUGUACUCAUUUCCCUACCUUGGAGAUAAUCCUUCAUCCACUUAAGUAUUUUUCCUUUUAGCCCUCCUCGAUGUUCAGUUUCCAUAUGAGACUUUUAUGUGGAACUGUACCAAAAGCUUUUUUCAGAUCUAAAUAGACUGCAUCAACCCAACCAUCUCUCUCUUGUAGUUUAUCUAUUACUCUUGUAUAAAAGCUCAGUAAGUUUGUUACGCAAGAUCUCUCUUUCCUGAAACCGAAUUGUUUUUCUGUUAUUAUAUUUUCUUGUUCAAGAUAUUGCACCCAUCUGUUUUUAAUGACUAUUUCACAGAGUUUACUUACAAUACUCGUGAGUGAGACUGGUCUGUAAUUCAGUGGUUCCAUUUUAUUACCUCCUUUGUAUAACGGUACUAUAUUUGCUCUCUUCCAUUCCUUUGGUACUUUUCCCCUCCUUCAAAGAACUGUUAAUCAUCUCCCAUAUUGGUUCUUCUAAUUCCUCUCUACAUUCUUUCAAUGUCCAUCCAUUUACUUUGUCUGGUCCCAUCGCCUUCCUAGUAUCUAGCUCUUCCAGUAGUCUUUUAAUUUCUUUUCUUUCCACUUGUAUGUUUUCUAUUCCUUUCUGUUGUUCCUCAUCUGCCAGUGAUGCAAAGACAGUUUCUCUUGUAAAUACAGACUUAAAGCUUUUAUUCAGUAUCUCAGCCAUCUCUUGUGUGGUUUCAUAAAUUUCUCCAUUUUUCUUCAGCUUUGUAAUAGUAUCUCUAUGCUUUAUUUUUCCAUUUACAUAUCUAUAGAAAAGUUUGGGUUCUUCUUUACACUUUCCAACUACAUCUCUUUCAAAAUUUCUUUCUUCUUCUCUUCUUAUUUUAACAUAAUCAUUUCUAGCUGUCCUGUACUCUUCUCUAUUUAUCUCAUUCCAUUGUUUCCUCAUUUUUUUCCAAGCCCUCUCCUUCUUUUUUGCCUCUGCACACUUUGCAUUAAACCACACUUUAUUAUUUUCUUUUACCUUAUAUCUUGGCACAUAUCUUUCAACACCUUCUCUAAACUUGCUUAAAAACACUUCAUAUUUUUUCUGCACCUCCAUACCUCUUAAUAAAUUACUCCAAUCAAUCUCU